AUGGGCGUUUUUCGUUCUCAUUAUUCAGACGUAGAAAUUCCAGAUAUUGGAAUUUACCAUUUUGUUACCAGUAAUCCUAACAACAUUCCUGACUCGAAAGUCGUUUUCGUUGAUGCAACAACUCAUAGAAAGAUAACCUUUGGUGAAUUUAAGAGAGAUUCAAAAAGAUUUGCUGCAGGAUUGCAAGAUCAGCUCGAGUUCAAAAGAGGUGAUGUGCUGUGUAUUUAUUCUCCCAACCAAGUCGAUUAUGCAACGGUUAUAUAUGGUACAUUAGUGGCAGGUGGACGGAUCUCACCGGCUAAUCCAUCAUACACUGUCAAGGAACUAACUCAUCAGUUGAUCGAUUCCGGAUCAUCCGUGAUAAUUACCCACCCCGAUUACUUAUCUAACGCUAUCGAAGCAGCCGUCAACACAAAAAUACCAGAAUCCAGAAUCUUUGUAUUUGGAGAAAAUAGGAUCAAUGGUAUCCAUCCUUAUACUACUUUGUUCGGUGCUCGCGAAGCAGUGCCAGUCGAAUAUACAGCUCAAGAAGUUCGCACUACCACCGCAUAUUUGUGCUACAGUUCCGGAACCACAGGGAAGAAUAAAGGGGUGGAAACUACUCACUAUAAUAUGGUGGCUAACGUGUCGCAAAUUAUUGGGUUCGAAGGAGAUAAUCUGUGUGCGGAUCUUUGUUAUAUCGGGGUCCUGCCAUUCUAUCAUAUGUACGCGCUCAACAUAAAUCUACAUUUGGCUUUAGUCCUGGGCGCAACUUCAGUGGUGAUCCCUAGAUUCGACAUAGCAACCUUCUGUCGAGCAAUUCAAGAUUACAAAGUCGACAUUGCUCCUGUCGUGCCUCCUAUCGUCUUAUCCUUGGUGAAAAGUUCGGUAGCAAGAGAAUAUGAUCUGUCGAGUUUGAAACAUAUCAUUUGUGGUGCAGCACCGCUGAGCAAGUCGCUGAGCGAUGAUUUUGACAGGAUCUAUAAUAUUCCUAUCCAACAGGUUUAUGGUCUUACCGAAAUUUCACCUGUUUCUCACCUUGGGCCUCUAAAGAAACUAUUAAAUGGUAUGCAUAAUUAUUGGUUUUCAAUUUAUGAUACAUCGUUGAUGAAAAGCCUGUUCUCUAACUUAUUUGGACAAACAGGCUCGGUGGGGGUUCUUCUUCCAAAUAUUGAAGCAAAAGUACUAUCAGAGGAUGGCGAAGAACUUGGGCAUAACGAACCCGGAGAAUUGUACGUUCGUGGGCCCAUGCUCAUGAAGGGCUACCUAAAUAAUAAUCAGGCAACAAACUGGGUUAUCGAUAAAGAUGGAUGGUUCAGAACUGGUGACAUCGCAAGUGUUGAUCCUGAUGGGUAUUAUUUUAUAAUUGAUCGUGUUAAAGAGUUGAUAAAAUACAAGGGAUUCCAAGUAGCCCCAGCAGAGCUCGAAGCUCUCCUGUUGACACAUUCUUCGGUUGCGGAUGCCGCGGUAAUAAGCAUUUAUUCCGAAAAGGAUGCCACCGAACUUCCAGUAGCGUAUAUCGUUCCACAGCAAGGUCACGAGCCAACAGCAGAGCUGAAAGAUGGUAUUGAACAGUUUGUUGCUACGAAGGCGGCGCCGCACAAGAAAAUCAGAGGCGGCAUUGUGUUUGUCGAUCAAAUUCCGAAGAGCGCCUCGGGAAAGAUAUUGAGGAG